AUGAUUGGUGGAAGUUGGAUUUCUUUAGGACGGCUCUCACGUCGUGGUAGGAAAACGUUUGAAAGUGGUUCCGCUAAAUAUAUACACAAGAAUGUGGAUGCUCAAGUUUCCGUAGCACAGGGCAAAAUGAAGGGAAGGGCGUGUGUCACAGCCAGUGGGAACAAGUACUAUAGUUUCGAAGGUAUUCCGUAUGCACGACCGCCCAUAGGACCACUUAGAUUCAGGGAACCACAGCAAGGUGAAAGUUGGUCUGGCAUCCUCGACGCGACGAAGCCUGGCAACAAAUGCUGGCAGAUGACCUCGCCAAAGCACCCGGCCGAAGGAUCAGAGGAUUGCUUAUAUCUAAACAUUUACACUCCAAGUUUACCGAGUGAGAAGCUGCAAAAGCUACCUGUUCUAUUUUACCUACACGGUGGAAGGGCUAUCAUGGGCUAUUCACAUUACUACCGACCGGAUUAUUUUAUACCCCAUGACGUCAUCGUGGUGACGGCAAACUACCGCUUAAACGUUUUUGGUUUCCUCUGUCUCGACACCCCCGAAGUACCAGGCAACGCGGGCAUCAAAGACGUCGUAAUGGCAAUGAAAUGGGUGAAAGAUAAUAUAGAAAAUUUCAAUGGUGACUCUAACAACAUUGUCGCAUUUGGGGAAAGCGCAGGCGCAUCUAUAGUUAUGUCGCUUUUCGAUUCAGAGGCGAAUGGAGUGUUCAGCAAAAUGAUCGCUUUAUCGGGAACAGGGUUAUCCGAUUUUUACAUAGGUUACAGCGAUCCUUUAAAUAAGGCAAAAGAGAUCGUUUCCAAUCUGGGAGAGUCGAUAUCAGGCCGCAAGGAAAUGUAUGACAAACUGUUGAAAACACCAGCUGAGGCACUACUUGGUGCUUGUAUGAAGUCAGAAUUCGGCAGGGACCCGACCACCGUUUGUGCGUUCUUGCAACCGGUGGUAGAGAAGAAAUUUGAAGGGGUAGUGCCCGCCAUCACCGAGAAUCCUGUGCAUUCUUUCAAAAGUAAGCACUUUAACGUGCCGAUCCUCAUGACCAUGUCGUCCCACGAAGGGGCGUUAUUCGUUAACCGAGACCGAUCGGGAAAUAUUCUCUUCAAUAAAAACCUGAGGAAGUACAUUCCCUUAUUCACACUUCUAGACCAAGAAUCGCAGGAGGCAUACGAAAUAGAGCGACGUUUGAACGAAAUUUACUUCCAAAAUAAAGAGAUUGGACCUUCCGCUCUCGAGGAAUACUUGAAUUUACUUUCGGACGUGUACAUCAAUCGAGACAUUUUAUACACUGCGGAACUAUUGGCCAAGAGAGAAGAUAAUUUCUACUUUUGUAGGUUCGCGUAUGCAGGAAAUAUGAAUUUGCGCGUCAUGAGGUCCAUGGGCGUGAAAGGUGCGACGCAUGGAGACAUCCUCCAGUACUUGUUCUACAAAGAGAACAAGGUGUGCGACGAGAAAGAUAAAAAAAUCGUCAACAUGUUGUGCGAGUCGUUGUGCAAUUUCGCAAAAACAGGAAAACCAACAUGGACGAACCAAGAGGUAGAAUGGUUGCCAUAUAGAAAGAAUGAAGAACUUUGCCUGAAUGUCAGCGAAAAUAGCGUAGAAUGUUGUCCUGAACCACAGCACGGUGAAAGUUGGGCUGGCAUCCUCGACGCGACGAAGCCUGGCAACAAAUGCUGGCAGAUGACCUCGCCAAAGCACCCGGCCGAAGGAUCAGAGGAUUGCUUAUAUCUAAACAUUUACACUCCAAGUUUACCGAGUGAGCAGCUGCAAAAGCUACCUGUUCUAUUUUACCUACACGGUGGAAGGGCUAUCAUGGGCUAUUCACAUUAUUACCGACCGGAUUAUUUUAUACCCCAUGACGUCAUCGUGGUGACGGCAAACUACCGCUUAAACGUUUUUGGUUUCCUCUGUCUCGACACCCCCGAAGUACCAGGCAACGCAGGUAUCAAAGAUGUCGUAAUGGCAAUAAAAUGGGUGAAAGAUAAUAUAGAAAAUUUCAAUGGCGACUCUAAUAACAUUGUUGCGUUUGGGGAAAGCGCAGGCGCAUCUAUAGUUAUGUCGCUUUUCGAUUCAGAAGCGAACGGUGUGUUCGCUUCUGAAUCGAAAAGCGACGAAAGCAAAGUGAUCGCUCUAUCGGGAUCAGCAUUAUCAGAUUUCUACAUAGGACGCAACGAUCCUAUACAAAGAGCUGAGGAAAUCGUUUCCAAUCUGGGAGAGUCGGUCUCAGGCCGCAAGGAGAUUUAUGACAAACUGUCGAACGCACCUGCUGAGGCACUACUUGGUGCUUGUAUGAAGCCGGAAUUCAGCAGGGACCCGACCAACAUUUGUGCGUUUUUGCAACCAGUGGUAGAGAAGAAAUUUGAUGGGGUAGUGCCCGCUUUGCCUGAGUAUCCAGUGCAUUCUUUCAGAAAUAAACACUUCAACGUGCCGAUUCUCAUGUCGAUGUCUUCUCACGAAGGGGCGUUAUUUAUAAACCGAGACCGAUCGGGAAAUAUUCGCUUCAAUAAGAACCUGAGGAAGUACAUUCCGAUCUCCUCUCUAAUAGAUCAAGAAUCAGAGGAGGCAUACGAAAUAGAGCGACGCUUGAACGAAAUAUACUUCCAAAAUAGAGAAAUCGGCCCUUCCGUGCUUGAGGAAUACAUGAAUUUACUUUCGGACGCGUAUUUCAAUCGAGACAAUUUAUACACUGCGGAACUAUUGAGCGAGAGAGAAGACAAUUUCUACCUUUGCAGGUUCGCGUACUCAGGAAAUAUGAACUUGCGCAUCAUGAAGACAUUAGGCGUAAAAGGUGCGACACAUGGAGACAUCCUCCAGUAUUUAUUCUACAAAGAGAACAAGAUGUGUGACGAGAGAGAUAAGAAAAUUGUCGACAUGAUGUGCGAGUCCUUAUGCAAUUUCGCAAAAACAGGGAAACCAACAUGGAAGAACCAAGACGUAGAAUGGUUGCCAUAUAGAAAGAAUGAAGAGCUCUGCUUGAAUGUCGGCGAAAAUAGCGUAGAAUUUGGUCCUGUGCCUGAAAAAGAGAGAAAUCAAUUCUUUUUAGAAUUAUUACGAAAGAGAACCAUUUAA